GAAAGAGAAUUCCAGGAUGAGGGAAUGAAGGAAUUCAAGUUAAUUUGAAUCAUUAUCGUGAUUCACUGAUCUAGUUUCAGCUCAGCAGCAAACUCCCCGAGCACGAGUCUGUCUGCUCCUGCAGCCAAUCACAGCAAACCAGCCUCUAUGAGGAGUGUUUAAAACCAUCAGUGGGAUGCAGAACCACACACACCAGACCUGACCUCACUGAACACACAGGUUUCAAGAUCCGCAGAAGCAGCAGAAAUGGCUUGGCUUGGCCUGCUGAGUUUGAUUCUAGCUUUAGCAGCUCUCACAGUCUGUAGAGCCCAGCGCAGACUCUUUCCAAGCAGUUUACGUGAGAAAUCAGACGAGUCCGUCUCCUGCUUUGAGGGGAUCGGUCUGCACUACAGAGGUCCCGUCUCUAAAUCCGUGAGUGGGCGGGAGUGUCUGGAAUGGGAUUCAGAGAGUGUUCGUGAAAUCAGAGUCUAUCCCAGGAAUCUUGGCCCGGGACGACACGACCACUGCAGAAACCCAGACUACAGCCGCAGACCCUGGUGUUACGUACAGACCGCGUUUGGGAUCGUGAAAGAAGACUGUGAUAUUCCACGCUGUGCAAAAGAUCACGGAUGGCAGUGUGGCCAGAGGGAGGAGCGGAGCAUGAAGGUAGUGGGCGGGGCUUUGAGCGCGGUGGAGCGCCACCCCUGGAUGGCGGCGGUGUUCAGCAGGAGCUCAUGCGGGAGAACGUUCACCUGCGGCGGGAGUCUCAUCUCACCCUGCUGGGUCCUCACGGCCGCACACUGCUUCCCUGACGGCGCUCAGACUAGACCCUAUAAACUGUCAGUAUUUCUGGGGAAGAACGCCAUCAAUGAGACAGAUGUUCAGAGAGAGCAGGAGUUCAGAGUCUCUGAGCUCUUCAUCCAUGAACACUUCAACAACACAGACGGCAACUACAACAACGACAUCGCGCUGUUGAAGAUUCACAGUCCUGACAGUUGCUGUGCUAAAGAGUCCAGUUCAGUCAAGACGGUUUGCAUCCCUGAGGCGCAUCAGUCACUUAGUGACGGGACGUCCUGUGAGGUCACUGGAUACGGCAGAGAACAAGAAGGGUUAUGGUAUUACUCUCAGUAUCUCAGAGAAGCAAAGGUCAGCAUGCUGUCACAGGAUUUAUGUUCGAGUAAAGCAUAUUACGGCAACAAGAUCACAGAUAACAUGCUGUGUGCCGCGAGUCCUGACUGGAGCGUAGACGCGUGUAAGGGUGACUCUGGCGGGCCGCUGGUGUGUCGCGUCCGUGAGCGUGUGUUUCUGUUCGGUGUGGUGAGCUGGGGAGAGGGAUGUUCCAGACCCUUCCAUCCUGGAGUUUAUGCCAAAGUCAGCAACUACCAGCGCUGGAUCCUGGAGAAAACCGGCCUGUCGUCGCUCGGCUGAGAACAGGUGCUCACCUGCCCUCGAGAGACCAGCAUACAGAACAUGAGCGAGUCGUGUUCAAACUGAUUUCUGUUCAGUUACUCAUUAAUAUGUCCAUCAUUCUUACAUUCCAUUCUGUUGCCAAGAGAUAUAAUAGCAGCUCAAAGGACGUUCUGUGUGAAAAAUGUUUAUAAAAGUAUUGUUUUGCAUGGGUAUUGAAAUGUACAGUGCCAUUUUCUGUUUUUAUAUUGUUGUAUCAUUUUAUAUUGUCGUGUAACUAUUUAUGUCAAUG